CGCAGCGGAAGAGCCGCAGCAGCAGCCCAAAACACAAAGAGAGAGCCGGAGAAAAAAGACACACAGGAUCCGGGAGACGCUCGGAGAGAGAGAGUGUGUGUGUGUGUGUGUUUGUGUCCUGCUUGUCCCCCCUGGACUCAUCCCUCUGUCCCCCAACAUGGACUUGGAGCAGAAAGGUCCAGCAGUGCGAAUCGGACGCUCCGGGCAUGGAGGGGUGAAUCAGUUAGGGGGCGUGUUCGUGAACGGGCGGCCCUUGCCGGACGUGGUCAGACAGAGAAUAGUGGAGCUGGCCCAUCAAGGCGUGCGCCCGUGUGACAUCUCCCGCCAGCUCCGGGUCAGCCACGGCUGCGUCAGCAAGAUAUUGGGCAGGUACUAUGAAACGGGCAGUAUCAGGCCAGGGGUGAUCGGAGGAUCCAAACCAAAGGUUGCUACACCCAAAGUCGUCGACAAAAUCGCCGAUUACAAACGCCAAAACCCCACCAUGUUUGCCUGGGAGAUACGAGACCGACUACUGGCCGAGAGAGUGUGUGACAAUGACAGCGUGCCCAGCGUCAGCUCAAUCAACAGGAUCAUUCGCACUAAAGUCCAGCAACCGCCUGGCCAAUCAGGAAACGUCACUGCCCAUAAUUUAGUGUCCACAGUAGCCGUGACCCAGGUCUCCGCGGUAACCAGUGAUGCUGCAGGCUCCUCCUACUCCAUCAGUGGAAUUCUGGGGAUUAGUUCGGCGGCCGACGCUAGCAAGAGGAAGAGAGAUGAAAAUCUUCAGGAUUCUUCCUUGGCGAAUGGCCAUGCCCACUCAGGGCGGGACUUCCUGCGGAAGCAGAUGCGAGGGGAACUCUUCACUCCUCAGCAGCUCGAGGUAUUGGACCGUGUGUUUGACCGACAGCCAUACCCCGACCUUUACCCCAUCCCAGACACCGCCAACAACGGCAAGCCCGCCCAGCAGACGUCAGACUAUUCAGCCAUGGCUUCUCUGGCUGGUGGACUGGAGGAGAUGAAGAGCAGUCUGGCCAAUCAGACGGGAGCAGAGCUGGGCCCCAGUGUAGCAGGACCACAGUCUUACCCACUGGUGUCAGGUCGUGACCUGGCCAGCACCACGCUCCCUGGCUACCCACCUCACGUUCCCCCAGCUGGACAGGGCAGCUACUCAGCCCCCUCGCUUACAGGAAUGGUACCGGGAGGUGAAUUCUCUGGCAGUCCAUACUCUCACCCACAGUACUCAACAUACAACGAGUCAUGGAGGUUCCCCAACCCCAGCCUGCUUGUGUUCCAGCAGGAGUACGGUUCUCUUCUGGGCUCAGAGAGAGCAGCUUCGUCAGGCCUGUUCCCCAGCCAGACCCCACAGCCUACAGGAUCUCCUUACUACUACAGCGCAGCCACGCGGGGGGCGGGGCCUGCUGCUGCGGCGACAGCCACUGCCUAUGACCGCCACUGACCAUGCCAGAGAGGAGAGGAGGAGCGGGAAAAGAGGACAGGAAAAGAGAGGGAGGAGAAUAGACAAGCUAGCACCAGCGAUGGCCCACACGAGACUGCCUGCACGCGGAGGAAGAAGAGAAGGAGGGAUGGAGAAGAGAGUGAAGAUGAGAGCACGCGUUGUUUUCCUGCCAAUCACAAUCACUCAAGCUCACGUGCCCUUUCAUCUGCUCAGUUUUGCCCGGGUCAUUUUUGUGCAGCAGCACUGGGCCACACAUACACACAGUGCAUACAGUUCAGUUCAUCUGCAGCAUACAAGUGCUUCUGCCUUUCACACAGAGAAUCUGUGUAUCUUUGAUUUGCCCAUGAAUGCAUUUUUUUCAUAGCAACUAUUGCUAGUUUGGACAAACUUUACAGGAAGUUGGCAAAAGUUCCGUUCGUCCUAAUGAGAAUGUGUAUCGCGCAACUUAUUUUAGAGGCUGUCGUUUAUUUCAAAUGAUAUUUAUUUCGUAUGCGUGUGGAUUGUUUUGUAAUCAAGCUGGGGGUAGCUUGGUGGCAGAUUUGUCACUACAACAACAUAGAAUUCAUAAUAAUAUUCAACAUAGAAUUCAUAAUAGCCUAGUGUUGUAUUGUGAAGUGCUAACACAUGUAAACAAUGAAAAUAAUUGACAUACAUACAUUAUGUACGAGACGCAACGCGCCACAGUUUCCCAUUAGGCUGAGUUGCUACAAAAACAGUUGCUACAAAAGAACACAUUCGUGGGCCGAGCAAGGCGAGAUCAAUUUAGAUUCUGUUCAAACAGUUUUUUGUUUUUUUUUAAUUGCGCAUAAAUUGCUACAUUCAUUUUCAUAUCCUUUUUCUCAUUUCAACUCUGAGUUAUUCCGCAAAUUCCAUCUAACAGACGUUUAAGGUGGGAGUAAAUAGACAAUCUAUCUAUCUCUGGCAGCUUGGAAUGACUUCACGAUUUAAGCCUACAUUAUUAUUGACUUCAUCAGCACGCCACCCUUGUACAGAAUGACUGCAACGUUGUAAUCCUGCGCCAGCUUUGUUAUGCAGCACCAUAGAGUAUAGAUCAUUUUCUUGUUGAAACCAAACAGGACGCUUACCACUCAAAGGUCUGAGGGAGGGCUGGAAACAUGGACUGUUAACUCAGGUCAGAACACUGGCAUUAAAGGAAUCAGUGUUUUUCAGCCUAAUGUCUAUCUGCAUGUAUUGCAUGGUUGACCUGUAAAAGGAAGAGAAAACCUGUUGGCAUGCUUAGACCAGAAGCUAACGGGCAGAUGGAGGUUGAAAAACGCUGUAAUCCUUUAAAAGAACCUAAAAAACCGUCAGCUGAGCAAGUUAAUCCUGUUCACUGCUCACGAUGGACGCAGCAGACAUAACCGUGAACCAGAUUAGAUCAUUGACAUUUCAUUCUCAUAGUUCAAGUCACUUUUAUUUUCUUCAGUCCAAGUGAAAUUAGCCGUAGAAAACCAUCAAGCAACUGAGGAUCGCCUCAGGCCCAGUUCCUGGAUCUCCAAUCAGCCGGAAUGUUUAUGUCCCUCAUGCUAACAUCGUUUUUUUUCUAAUUGAAAAACCUAACGAAUGCUAAUGGAAUGAUGGUGAUGUGUACAGUUCAAUCCCACUUGUGACACUUGUGAUGAAGUAUAAGCCGAACUUUUUUCUGACGCGCUGAAUUAUAAUCAUAUUGUAUUAUGAGCAGCACACGAUGGGCACAGUUGUUCUAUAAUGAGACUGACUUGACGGCAGCGUGGAAACGCCGUAGCGACUCUUCUCCUCCUUCUUUGUGUAGAUAAAUGCUGUUUACUUGUGUACAGAAUGCCCUGGUCGAACGUUUUGUCAGAUUUAAAGCUAUUUAUGAUGGAGACAGAGUAAUAUAUAUAAAUGUAUGUGUAAAGGUUUACCGCGGACACAAGUUAACAAUGCUAGCAAAAGACCUUUUGUUAAACUUCCAAGUUGAAUAUCCAAGUUUGGAGGUCCCUGCUGUUGAAAGAGGUUUCAGACAGUCUAAUACCAAGACAGCUGUAUGCAAAGGUUCAUGGUCAAAUGACACAAUUUGUUGAUUUUCUAAGUGGAAAGAAGUUAACACCAGCUUUGCAUGGAAAAACCUGACAUUUAUGGAAAUUUUAAAGGAUUAUUUCUUUGCUGAAUUUAAGACAUUGGACAAUGGGCACCCUUUCAGUACUUAAUACAACCCCCACUGGCUGAAAUCACCUCUAAAUGUUUCUUGUGGCCAGUUACCAGUCUUGCUAUUUGUGAUUUAGGAUUUUUUUUCCCCACUUUUCCUCGUGGAACGCUUCUAAUUUAGAGCACUCAUGGUUGCUCUGUAGAUGCUCUGCAUCACUGUCCUGUUGUAGAAGCCAGCGUCGUUUUAGCUUCAGUUUUUUCACAAACUGUGGGACAUUAUCUUGUGGAAUUUGUGAUAUUUAGUAUCCCCUCUAUAUUUUCCCCUCUAUUCGCACAGCGAACAACACUGUGCCACUAGAUGUCAAGUCAUAAUAGACCCAACUCUAUGCUUAACAGUUGGCAAGGUGUUCUUUUCAUCAAAUGCUGCUUCUUUUUUUCUCCAAACAAACUUUUGGUGAUUGCAGCCAUACAUCAAUGACUUUCCUACUCAGAUCACAGUUAAGGUUUCCUUCUGAUGACCCACUGCAUCAGUAUUCGCAUGCCAACCAAACCUCCCUGUAGUUCCUUGGUAGUGAUGUGGGGGUUUUGCUUUGCAUACUCACUAGUUUUCUUUUCAGAGAUUUGUCUUGGUCUUCCAGAUCUCAUCUUUACUUCCACAGUUGUUUUCAUUUGUAGAUGAUGUUUUGGACAGUGAGUUCAAGACUGAAUGAUUUAGAUCUCUUUACGUCUCCUGCUUUGUAAGAGUCUUUAGUUUAAGAUCACCAGUCACUCAAUUAGAAGGCAGCACAAGUUUUCAAGGGUCACAGAAUUUAUUAUGCUCUGGAAUUGUCUACAACUUGGAUUCAGACCCAAUGAGUAAAAUCACUCGUGGAUAAACUGAAAGCGUGACCACAGUUGCCAGCUGCGUUUUCAGCAAAUACAUGGCAAUCACGCUUAUGCUUUGCAGAACGGUGUCAUAUUUAAGUUUGUCUCAUGCAGAUGUCAUGACGAAUUCUGUUCACUUCAAAAAUCAGCAAUAUAUGUCCUUUGACCAUGGUGCCCAAACAUCUGCAUACAGCUGUACAUUCUCUAAAAACGGCAUAGAAGAGAACUAACUCGACAGGAAGUGACGUCAUUCUUUCUCCCCUCUAAAAAAUGUGAUGUCAUUAUCUCCUUCAAUGCCCCCAAAGAUACCUUUCAAAAUGCUCCAGGAAGCACAGAGAUAAAUCAAUCCGAGAUAUUUUCCACCCUCUCUCAUUCUCUCUCUCUCUCUCUCUCUCUCUCUCUCUGAGUGCUGUUCAUUCUUUCUUUCAUUCUGGAGGGAAGAAAACAUACCAACUGCGCCAAGACAAUGCAUGAAACCUAGGUGAAGGCCUUACCCAACUCAAACUCGACCUGUAUGUGACCCCAUCGUGCUGAUAUUGUCCCUGUGUGUCCUUCUCAGAUGUAUUAUACAGCCGCCACCAGAGCUUUUGUUUUGAAGUAUUCAUAUCUAACUUUAGAUUCUAGUGGAUGAGGAAAGACAAACGUGUCCUUUAUUUAGCUAUCGUCUGUGAUGUGCGUUCCCAGGUAUUUUCUUCCUUUUUUCCUCUCUUUUUUCGAUACACUGUGCAUUGAGUAGCUUUCAAGUGGAGAAAACAGUGUAGAUUUAGUAGCGAGUAACAAAACACCAAAACCUUGACGUGAAAUGUGGAAAAAAACAACGGAAUAUAUCUAUGAAUAUACAGUAUAUAUAUGAAAAGAAGCUGAUAGUUUUCACUUUUUUAUGUUUGACGUUUUGGAGUGUAAGGUAGUGUUAGGAUUACCUUCGUUUGUAGACCUUAAGUUGCGCGUUAUGCAACUCUAAAGAAACCCUUGAUGCCGUUCACCGCAGUGCUACUGGUGAGCUUUGACCUUUUAAACCUUUUAGUCGGAGGCAUUAUGAACCUGAAGUACACCAGCUGAAAUCGAGGACAGUGCCUUUACUUUUUCUACUGAGUCAUCCGCAUUGACCACGUGUCGCUAAAAUACAAAAAAAAAAACAAAAAAAAAAAAAACACAAACCAGUCUGCAUGACACAAGGUCACGAUUUGACCCCACCAAUCAACAAUCAACACAGUGCCACUGACAAGACGUGUGUUUCAGACUGAAGAGAACGAGCAACAAUUCUUAAAAUGCAAUCAGCCAGGCUAGUUAAUCAAACACGUGGAUAAAACCAAACAAUCGAGGCCAGGUCAGUCUAUGGAAUCGGUGAAGAUCAUGCACUUGUACACAGAAAUAAAAUAAAAUGCACCAGAUAUUUUUCCUGCUAAGUAGAACCUUCAAAAAUUCUUCUGUAAAACUGAUGUUAACAGUGUAAACAUUUCAACCUGCUCAUUAAAAUUCAUCCUUCCUUCAUCCGUCCUUUUAUCGCCUUGCUACAUACUUUCUAUAUUCAUUCACAAGGGAUGCCAAGUUUAGACAAUUUAGUUAAAGAUUAAUUAAUUAGCAAGUCUGAAAUCCAAAACACGGCGCAUCAAAAUAUCAAUUCUAAAAUGCAUGUUUUGACUAUUUUAUCACUUUGUAGAUGUUGGCUUUUGAAAAAUUGGUAGGGAAAACCUCUAUUUUUAGCAGCGCUUAUGUUCUAGUAGUGGGAUCAAUUCGUUGCUGUUGGACCAAAACCCUGCAUCUCCAAAGUUUACAGAAGAAGGAAAAAACAUGCUUUACUUCUAAUGUAAGUCAACGGAACCCGUCAUUCUUUCAUGUCAUUUUAGGCUGUUUCUUUUGGUCCAUUCAUCUUGAAAUUUACACACAAUAAAAGGGACAAUAGGUAUUUUAAAAUUAUGUAAAAAACGAUGUGAGGUUUUGCUCCGACAGCAGUGAAUUGCCUGUGUACUAUUCAAAAACAUCCUUAACUUGAAUGAUAAGCUGGCCAAUUCAAACAGGAACGGCUGCUUAUUGGAAAUGAAAUGAAAUAAAUGUCUUUUAACUGAUGGCACUGUUCUAACAAUUGUUUGUUUAUUGGUUAUUUGGUAAAUCAUUUACAUCCCUCAUCAGUCACACAUCCAUAUGAAGAAGGUAGCAGUUAUAAACCCGUACACUUAACAAGCGGACCUUUGAAGCAAUGGCAUAGACGGACACAUUUGGUUCCAAAAAGAAACUUCUUGUUGUCAAUGAAUCGUGAGUGUGAAGAACCUGAAGAACUUCCAGAUAAUGUGAAGCUUAGUCUUGCGAGGCCAGACGUGAUCUCAUACUAAGGUCAUGUGGGGACAACCAUGAGAACCUACGGGCUAAAUAUGGGAGGGAACACAGAUUAUGGUGAGACUAAAUCAAGUAAGGGAAAAUUGUUAGAUAACAAUAGUGCUUCACUAUCUAGCUUGUAGAAACUAGCUUCAGACUCUUCACUUACUGAGGGACAUUUCAGAAUUUGCUGAUGUUUCGGAUCCUUUCUUCCCGCUAUGCCUCUUCCCACAACACUCCCUGUGCCACAUUACCCAAAAUCCUAAUAGAUCCAGCACUUGCUUGGAAAGGCGGUCUUUUCAUCACAUGCUGCUCCUAUUCUCUUCAAACAGACCUUUGUUGAUUGUGGCCAAUCUUCAGACAAUGACUUUCGAGAUGAGUUUACAGUUAAGGUUACAAUCUGAUGACCCCUCUAUGUAGAGGAUGACUGUCCAGCAAAACUACACAGUGGGCCAGUGCACCAUUCCAAUGCCAGCCAAAUUGUCCUGUAGGUCUUUGGUAGUGAUGUGGGGGUUUUGCUUUGCAUUCCUGACCAGGUUUUCAUAGAUUUGUCUUGGUCUUACAGAUCCCAUCUUGGCUUCCACAGUUCUACUCAAUUUCAAUGUGUAACUCAUAUUUCUGACAGUAAAUAUUCCAUUUUAGUUUAGUUUGCUUUUGCUUCUUGUUAAGAGCAAAUAAAAUGACUUGAGGAAUCUGUGGAGCAGUACAGCAACAGAAGUUAAACAAGUUGUCCCCAGAUGUGUUUACGAGAUCACAUCUGGCCCUUGAAGACUAAUCCAAGCCAGGAACCUUUUUAACGAGCAUAAUAGUAAUGUUUAACAAAGCGAUGAAAAUAUGUAAAUUGCCCUUAAAGCAGCUGUUUCUGCUUUAAUAAACCUGUGGUUCCUAUUAUCCAUACUGACUAUAAACGGAUUGCCUUGCCAUUGACUCGACCCCAGCGGUUACACCGGAAGGUUCUGAGAACCCUCCCAUUGGCUCCGAGGACAGUGAUUGACAGUUGUGACACUGAGCAGUAGCACAAAGUGGGCUUUACUGGUGUGGUUCCUGCCCUUCACGUCACCUCCUUUCAAACUCAUACAGUACGUACGCACACACACAGUCCUUUUGUCCUCUGCCAGGUCACCAACACGCAACCCCUCCCCACGGGGACGCUCUAAAACCUGCUGUGCCAUCAAAAGCAAACGUCCAAGCUCUUUUCUCAUCUUCUCUCAUUCACUCUAUCCCACCCCACCUGCUCUGCGCCUCCUCCCACCCACUCCGGCUCUCCGGCUCUCCGGCUCCCCUCUAUAAUCUCAUCACAUCUUCCUAACCCCUUUCUCCAAUGCCAUCAGGAUUAGGCAUAUUAAAACGAUUCCAUUGAUCACAUUCCCUCGGCGGCAAAUCCAUCAGGAGAAAAUAAUUUUAGGAUAAGGAAGCAUUCUGACAGUGUCAAUGGCAAGGUAACCUUGUUCCUUAUUGUCCUCAGACUCGAUUUUCAGACAAGAGUAUUUUCCUUUCGCUUCACGAUAAACAAUAAAUAUGCCAAAAAAGGGUUUAUUGGAAUGAUGGCAUAGAAGAACCACUUUUUGUUCCCUGAAGAACCUCAAAAAAAAAAAACGUAAACAAGAUAAAAGUUUAAAGCUGCACUAUGUCGAAAUUUGAGUUAAAAUUCCUCUAAAAUUCCUCUGUAUAUAUUAAUUCAGGAUUUUGCUGACCACGUCAUACUGCUUUCUGCAUUAACAUCCAACACACAGUCCCAAAAAGAAGGUCUGGCUUGAUGUUUAUGUCAAAUGUAAAAUCAACGUUAUGAUCAAACGAAGUUAUGAUGACAAUAACAGAUAAUUCACUCACAUCACACAUUUCACCAAGUUUUGACUAAGUUCUCUUUGAGUUCUCUUUCACAUCUGCACUUGCAAUCAUCAGAUUCAUCCGCUCGGGGAAGGGAACUGAAGUACAACCAACAUUACAAAAUAUUCUUCCGCACGUUGCUUGAAAGUACAUAUUCCCACCAGAGAAAACGUACGUAGUGUAGCUUUAAAGAACCUCCACAUGAUGUUCAGGAUCUAGAGCAGUUAGUUUUUCUUAGAACUAUAAGUCCAAGCUGAGAACCGUUUAGGAACCUUUAUUUUUAAGAAUGUUCAAAAACAUGGAUCAGUGUGAUACAUCAAUGCCUUCGAUUGAGUGCGGUCAAAAACUUAUUUUAAAUCGAUUUUGUCGUUUUUAUGUUCUGCAUUGUUCCAACUGAACUAAUAACACCCAUAGCUCAUAUUUGUGUUGAGCAACUUAGAGUGGUUUUUGCCAUCUAUAAGGUUCAGAAAUGCCUUUUCAAAGCAAUCCUGCAAAAAAUGUUUCCCCACGAAAAUGUUCAUCUUGCAUAAUAAAACCCAAAAGGCACAAUGACAAACAUAUACCAUUAACUCUCAUUCAUUCGUUUAGAGCUUAGAGCCUGACAGUGUCUGUGCAACCAGUCAAAAAAGGAGGGCUUUGUUUUGCAAAACAAACAAAUUUGCCUUUAUUCAUCUUCACUGCGUAAAAUUGAAAUCAGUAAAUCAAUUUCGAAGCAGAUCACUAGUCCAGGUCAACUUCAAAGGUUUCCCGCUGAAAUAAGCCGACUAAAAACGAACUGAGGACUUGGUAAUGAUCUUAUUGUGGCCUUCUGUGUACAAUCUGAAGCUCCUUCUGUAAUUAUUUACUAAUAGAUUCUUUCCUGAGGGACCGAUGAAAACGUUUUUUUACUGAAUUUUUGAAAUAAAAGAAAAAAAAAGAUUUUAAGAAAACGAUGUGACUAAUGCAAGGCAAAAUCAGAAUUCAUGGCAACCUGUUCACUUCAAAAAGGAAAAAAAACACACUAGAAACAUAUCUGUAGCAUCCACCAAAGCUGGAGAUACCCGUAAAAAAAAGAGGAAAAAAUAUCUCAACAGUUCUGACAUACCAUAAAACACGGAGAAAGUAAUGGCUUGAACCUAUGAAUAAAUGGAAGAAUCGCGUCUUUAAGAAAUCUGUAUGUUUUUUAUUGAAUUUUCUAGUAGUUAUGAACAAAUCUUGGUGUUUUUUUCUCUGCGUGUCGUGUGUCGUCUUAAUAUUUGAAUGUAUUUACUGCGGUACAAAAUUUGCCAAAGAUAUCAUACCACUUAAUUUCAGUCUUUAUCAUUUUUAUCCUUUAUUUUUUAUACUGUUUUGUUUAUUUGUUUCAAACUCCACCCAUAACCUGGAAACAAUUGUGACUUUGAUAUUAUGCUUAUUUGUUUUAUAAAUCUGUUAUGGUUAAUGUUAUGAUAAUUAUAAUUAUUAAAAAAAAAAAUCAGGGUUAUUUUAUGUAAAAAUUUGAAUUGUUUGGCAUUCCUCCUGAUCCCUGAAAUCAGUACAGGGUAUAUAGGCUACUAAGUGUAUGUGCAUACGAGUGUUUGUGGAUUAUUGAUUUACGUACCCGUAAUGUGAAACUAAGAACUAAUUAUUUGUAAAUAUUUGACAUAAUUUUAUUGGUUCAUCAGAAUAAAAGUAAUUUUUUAA